UUGUUAACAAACAUAAACAAUUUGAUGUUACUUUAAUGGACAAAAAAAAUGCUUUUCUUUUAAAAACAAGGAAACGUCUAAGUGACACAACUUUUUGUUCAAAAGCUGGAAACGGCAGUUUACACAGAACCACCUUUGACAAAUAAUUCUCAGUGUGAAAAAGCGUCCCAUGGUCCGUUUUAUCAACGAGCUCAAUGUAUUCCAAACACUGCGAAUCUCCCGCUCAAGAUUUGCGGGCUUCCUAGCAACCGCCCUUCGAUACGAACUGUGAAGGAAGCGAAGCGCCCCUGGCUCGGAGACAACAGCAACAUGGAGCCUCAAGAGCCGACUUCUCCCACAGACGAGGCAGAUGUCAACAGAAGGACUGAGUCAUGGUUCCAUCUCCCAGCAGAAGAGGACAGGAGUCAGUUCCUGGGUCUGGAAUUUCAGGACAGUUGUCUGUCACCUGCCCUCGCUCUGCUGCCAGAGUACGACUUCUCGGGAUACUCUCUCUUCCAACAAACAACAGACUUAGAGUUUGCCCCUUUAAGGGGGUCUCCAGACGUGUCUGUAGCCUUUGAGAGGUUUCUGACACCGCAGGCCCAGAAGGGCAGUAGCGGCGUUGUCCAGCCGUCUGACCCUCACCGUGCCUCUCUGUCCCAGCAUCCUCUAGCCUACACCUCCACCCUGUCUGAGCACCCUCUGGGUCACACGUCCACCCUGUCUCAGUCAGAGGAGAGGGCCAGUAGCUGCUGCUCCCUCUCCGAACACAGCAUGUCCCCUGGUGACGGGUUGGGACAACCAGAGGAGGACAGCUACGCAGCCACCGUCAGAGAUAACGAGGGGCAGAAGACUCAUCGUUCUGGGACACGUACCAGUCUCCGUGACCCAGACAGACCUCUGUCCGUGCUCCCUGACGACAACGCUUCCUUCCUCAGCGGCGACAUCCCUGCUAGAAAGCUGCUGCAGCUGCUCCAGAAGGACGUUGGGAUGCCCAGCGGUAGCAGCAGUGCUGUCUCCUCUGCCUCUGAGACCUCUCUCAACAGGACAAACUUCUUUGGGGGAGAAUCCAGGAGUGACAGCUGUGUUUCCAAACCAGGUGGCUUGAGAGAAGAGAGGGAUGUGAGCCAAAGAGUGCAGCCUGACGUCUCACCUGAGCUGCAGCCUGACGUCUCACCUGAGCUGCAGCCUGACGUCUCACCUGAGCUGCAGCCUGACGUCUCACCACCAGUCACAGGGAGAAGAGAAGGCCCUCAAGGAGGAGCCUCCGUCUCACCUGAGAAGACGGAGAAACUCAAAAGUAAACAGUCUUCGCGGAUGUCUGAAAUUUCCAACAUCACCAUCCGUUCCCUGAGCAGCCAGCCGGAUGAAAGCAGUAACGCGCUCUGCAGGCAGCUCUGCUCGGAGCCAGAGAGGAGUCUGGACUCUGAGCCUGGAGCAGAGACCCAGAGAGGUGCCAGCCGUGGGCCCGUACCAUCCUUACACAGUGAAGUCAACACACCUGACAUUGUCACCAAUACACCUAACGUUUUAACCACUGGAUCUGCCAAAGGGAGGUUGAGCGUGACCAGAGGGCUACUGGACAGUGUGUUAGGGGUCGGGGUCGGGGUCGGGGCCCAGUUUUCAGCAGGGUUCAGUGUGGAGCGAGGCCAUAGGGAGACAGACCUCUGGUCCUCAGGGAACCAGACAGGCAUAGAACAAGACGUCUCGUUCCUGAGCCUCCUCCCCCAGCCCGUGUCCCAGUCCACCCCAGGUGUGUUCCUCCACGCUCCAGUCAGAUCCAGCACUAAGCUGUCUGCCCUCACCUUUAACAUGGAGGUCUCUCAUCGCUCUUCAGGCUCCAGAGUCUCCUCCCAGCCCCAGCCUGCUGUAGUCACCCUGGCUGAUAGAGCCACCCCUGUCCCGGACCCCACUCUGCCUGCCAGAGAGACAGUACAGGAGCCCUCAGGAAGAAGCCACCAUUCUCUCCCCAGUCUCAACUACCUACAGAAGGUUGGUGCCUGGAAGGCCAACCAGAGUUCAAACAAGAUGUCGUUCUAUGACAACCUGUCUCUUCAGGGCUUCUCCGGAGUCUCUCCCAAGCAGAAGGCCUACGAUGCAGUCUCUGAGUCUCUGACCCGUAUGCUGGGUCUUCCACAGCUGGGCAACCAGACCCUCAGCAGGUGUGAAUCUGGACCCUCCUCCCCUACCAGAGGGGAGGCAGCAGGUAGUGGUCUUCCCGAGAGAGAGGACACAGCAGGGCCUGUAGGAGGGCCAUCCCCCCUGGGCAGGUCUCAGUCUCACUCCUCCCUCAACACAGUGGUCACGUCUAUCCAGAGAGCUCAGCAUGCACAGACGCACACUGACCAGGACAGCAGCCAGACACAGACAGAGGAGGAGAGCGCUCCAGGGCAGCCCAGGGAGUUGGAGAGGACCCAGGGAGGGUCAGGGUCAGACCGGGUUCAGUCAGGAGGUAGACCUGAACAGCCCAGUGGUGCUCCAACCGAGACCUCUCCUUUCAUCAGCCUGGGACGCUUCAGUAACGUGUCAUCAAACCGAGACGUCCUCUCCAGCUCCCAGGACAGUGGUCACAGUGGGCAGAACUUUGAGGUGUCCGUCAGGGCUGCUUCUUCUGUGGUCAGUCUGGAGGUGGAUAACUAUGCCCCGUACUGGUCCUCCAAACCCUCCUCACCACACAAGGAGAGGGAGCUCAACAUUGAAGAAAGGAUUCCGAUGUACCUUCACAACCUUGGGAUCGACCAAUCUCCUUCUACGAUCCUCAAUCCCUUUGGACCUCGAGGGCCAAUCAGAGAGCCAGAGUUCUCUCCCACUGAUCUGUGCACCAUAAAGGGAUCCACAGCCACUGGCACGCCAACCAAGAGCACACAGCCUUCUGAAGGCGACAGCCCUCAUAAAGGAGAGUUCUCGAGGUCCAGCCUGCUGUCUGUGGCCUCAAGCAUGUCUCUACCUCUCAGUGUGGACAGCCUCCAUCUCCAUCCCAUAAGGAGCCAGGCAGAGAACACCAGGGACUGCCUGUCCCCGUCUCCGGGACCAGACAGAGACAGGUCUCCCAGCCAGAGCAGUCUGAGGAUAGCCCUCUGCCCCCUGGAUAUCUCAGUGGAGAACACAGUGCUCCAGGACUCCCAGCAGGAUCCUCAUUGUCUCCAGCCAUCCUCCCCUGCACCACAGUCCACCCAGCCUCAAGACCUCCACCUCUACCAGCUCCCUGCACCACAGUCCACCCAGCCUCAAGACCUCCACCUCUACCAGCCCCAGAUCCCUGCACCACAGUCCAAUAAUCAAAGUACCCUGGCAUGCUUCCGGACCUACAGUCCUCUGCGCCACUCAGAGAGACAGCAGAGUUAA